AUGGGUCCCUUGCCGUCUCUUUUCUCUUCCGAGUCGAAUGAUUCAUGGAAGAAGUCCUCUGUUGCUACCUUUGGAGAAUUCGUUGGGACCUUCAUGUUCCUCUUCCUCUCCUAUACAGGAUGCCAAAUUGCCAAUAUGUCCGUGGAUCCCAAGGAUUCUGCGCCUGAACCUAACCCUACUGUUCUGCUAUAUAUAUCGCUCUCCUUCGGUACCGCUCUUGCCAUCAAUGUUUGGGUAUUCUAUAGGAUCACAGGAGGGAUGUUUAACCCGGCGGUAUCCCUGGCUCUCGCUUUGGUCGGAGCUAUCAGCCCUAUCCGAGCAGUAAUGGUAUCUAUUGCCCAGGUUGUUGCCGGAAUUGCUGCCGCUGGAGUUGUCUCUGCCCUCUUCCCUGGACCCCUGGUUGUCCAAACUAAGCUUGGAGGUGGGACUACGACCACACAGGGACUGUUCAUUGAAAUGUUCCUAACCGCUGAACUUAUAAUCACCAUCCUGAUGCUGGCUGUUGUGAAGCACCGUGCAACCUUCCUUGCUCCGUUGGGCAUUGGAUUGGCUCUUUUCAUAGCGCAACUUAGCGAAUGUUGUUACCUAGGUGUUUACUUCACUGGUGGAUCUCUCAACCCUGCCCGUUCCUUCGGCCCAGAUGUUAUCGUAGGAGGAUUUCCUGGAUAUCAUUGGAUUUACUGGGUUGGCCCCUUGCUGGGAUCUUUGCUAGCAACUGGCUUUUAUCAAGCUCUCAAUUUCCUACGCUAUCAGAACGUCAACCCUGGUCAAGAUUUUGAUGGCAUCGGAUCCGAACUCAUGGGAAAUCCUGAGCGCUCAGAGUAA